GGAAAAAUCGUACAGAAUCAACCAAACCUGAAUUGGCCAAGAAUUGGACUCCAACAUCAUCUCCAUUUCUUAUCCAUCCUAGCUCUUCUUAUUCCUCAACAGUGCACACAAACACAAAGAGAGAGAGAGAGAGAGAGAGAGAGAGAGAGAGAGAGAGAGAAAAUGUGUUCUUCAACUUCAUCUCUUCUCUCCAUUCUCUCUCUUCUCCUUCUCCUGUGCACAAACUCAUCUCACUCCAUACCAAUAUUCCCCUCCCCUUACAUUAAUUCUCUAUCUCAGAGAGCCCAAAGAGCUGCAGCAAAAGGAAAAGCAGUACUCAGCAGCAGCAGCAGCAGCAGCAAAGACCUGCCAUUCACCACCCACUACUUCCCACAGCAGCUAGACCACUUCACCUUCCAGCCAAGAGCAGAAAACACCUUCUACCAAAAGUACCUCAUCAACUCUACUUUCUGGGAUCAGGGUCCCCUCCACACUGCACCCAUAUUUGUGUACACAGGAAACGAAGGCGAUAUCGAAUGGUUCGCGGAGAACACCGGCUUCAUGCUCGAUAUCGCGCCUAUGUUCGGAGCACUUCUCGUGUUCAUUGAGCAUAGGUUUUAUGGGGAAUCGAAGCCAUUCGGAAAUGAAUCGUAUAAAUCGGCCGAGACAUUGGGUUAUCUCACUUCAACACAAGCACUGGCAGAUUAUGCGGUGCUCAUCAGAAGUUUAAAGCAAAACUUCUCUGCAGAAGCUUCUCCUGUUGUAGUUUUUGGUGGUUCCUAUGGAGGAAUGUUGGCUGCAUGGUUCAGAAUAAAGUAUCCCCACAUGACAAUUGGGGCCUUGGCAUCAUCAGCCCCAAUCCUGGAGUUUGAUUACAUUACUCCUUGGAGCAGCUUCUAUGAUGCUGUGUCCCAAGACUACAAGGAUGAGAGCUUGAAUUGUUUCCAAGUCAUCAAGGAAAGUUGGGAUGAGCUGAUUGCAAAGGGAAGUACGAAAGAAGGGCUUUCAGAACUCAGCAAGACCUUCAGAGCUUGCAAGAGUAUUCAAUUCGUAAAUUCCAUACAGAAUUGGCUAUGGACGGCGUUCGUAUAUACGGCCAUGGUAGAUUAUCCAACACCAGCAAACUUCCUCAUGCCUCUACCAGCCUACCCAGUAAAAGAGAUGUGCAAAAUUAUAGAUGGAUUUCCGCAAGGCACCGACAAAAUCAGCAAGGUUUUUGCAGGAGCAAGCUUGUAUUACAACUACUCUGGUGAUGAGCAAUGUUUUGAUAUCGAAAAUCAGUCGGAUCCUCAUGGCUUAAAUGGUUGGGAUUGGCAGGCAUGCACAGAGAUGAUCAUGCCCAUGACGGUCUCGAAUGAGAGCAUGUUCCCCCCAUCGACAUACAGUUACAAGGAUGCCGAAGACCAAUGUGUGGCCAAAUACGGAGUUCGACCACGGCCUCACUGGAUUACAACAGAAUACGGUGGCAAUAGAAUUCACCAAGUUCUCAAGAGAUUCGGAAGCAACAUUAUAUUCUCUAAUGGAAUGAGAGACCCUUGGAGCAGAGGGGGGGUACUCAAGAACAUAUCAAGUAGCAUCACUGCCCUUGUCACAGAAAAAGGGGCUCAUCAUUUAGACUUCAGAUUUGCCACAAAAGAAGAUCCAGAAUGGGUUAAAGAACAAAGGAGACAAGAAGUUGAGAUCAUCCAAAGUUGGAUAGAUCAGUAUCGCAGAGACUACGAAAGUUCAUCAUGAUGGGAGAAAAGCCAUCAAGGAUUGAAAUACAAAUAUUUGAAUAAAGUUGAAUGAAUGAGAAAUAAAAUUUGAGCUUUUUGUACUGAAAAUAGAUUACUUUUUAGGCAUUCCAAAGAAAAAAUUGUUUCUGUUUUAGCCUUUUCAACUGGAUGCAGAAUCUGUACAAAUUGGAAGGAAAGUUCAUGAUACUCUGUAAUUUUUUUUAUAAAUUGAUUGGUUCCAAAACCGCCGUAGUCGAAGGUUUUAUUGUUUUA